AGCGGCGCAAUAUGCAAAUAAGAUGUGAUAUUUUCAUGCUAGAAAACAACAGGCAUUCAUUGUUAAAUAAAAAGAACAAUCUAUAAACACAAUUGCUUGGUAUGCUUUUAUACACUGUAGUCAAUUUCGGAUAUAUUUAGUAUUUGUUCAGUUUUUGUUUGUGGAAAUGACAGCCUUUCACCAACCAUUAUCAUUUGUAUGUACGAAUAAUGCUCAUAUUGAACGCGGAUUUAAAGACGAUAAUGUAUAUCAGUCAAAUUCGAUGAAACAAUUGGUUAUAUAAGGUAUGUCAAAAUAUUUCUCACAUUGUUAAAUAGUGUAAUCCGAUGACUUGUAUGGGUAGAUGCUUUCUUUUUGGUAUUUCCUGCCAAAGAUUCCUACCGAAUGUCCUACCGAACGCUUUAAAUACUUUAACCGAUAUUUCCACCCUCUUACAAACAAUGAAGUACAUUCCUCAUAAGACAAUACAAUCAUUGAUAGAGAUUAGUGAGAGAUGCGCGAUGAUCAGACUUUGCAGAUGUGCGAAGACUGCAGACAAUCAGAUUCAUUAAAGAAAGCACCUCUAAGACCAAUAAACGACCUUCAUCUGAUGAAAUAAUGCGCGCGUAUGUAGAACGGCAUCUGUUUGUCUGUUUUGAACAAUGGCAUUUUUAGAUCAAGGCUAACUAUAUUUAACACUAUUGUUAAUACAAUUUAUAUUUGGCAAACAUGGGAAAUAGUUAUUCUGGGAAUUCUGGAUGGACAUUUGUUGGACGUGAGGAAGACAUUGAAAAUGUUAAAAAACUCUUGCCAGUGAAAACGUCAAUCCUAAUUUUUGGAUUGCCAAAAAUCGGAAAGACGAAAUUUAUUGAACAAAUAUAUACACAAUUAAAAGACAAUAAAAAAUGUAUUUGGAAGGAUUUUGAGUUUAAUGAUAUCGACGACGGAGACAACGUGUAUGAAUGGUUCAUUGAAUUUCUCACGGAAAUUGAUGCUGUUAAAGAAAAUUCUGAAAAAUUUGAAAAGAAUUUUUCAUCUAAAUUUAACGUAUGUGGCACUUGUGACGAAUGCAAAAAUCCUGGGCCAGACUUAUGUUUGCAAAAGGACAAAAUGAUAAAGAAAGCAAUAAAUGCUAUUAUCGCUAAAUUGAAAAAAGAUGGGACAGAAAUUUUAUUAUUUUUAGACAGUGUUGACAAAGUUAUGAAUAGCUCAUUGAAAGACAAUUUCCUGCAUUUUCUACAACAAUCAGUGAACCAGACAAAGUUACGCACAGUGAUUGCGUCAGGCAUCAAACCAAAACUUACAGCGAAAGUUUUUGAAUUAUACGAACUAAAACCUUGAAUGAUGAAGAUAUUCGCAAAAUACUUUAUGAAACAUGCGAGUCUAGAAAACUGUGUCCAGAUAACGAUGAGGAAGCUUUACUCAAGGUAAAAUAUUCAUCUGAAUGUUUGGUUUUUAAGCCGGAGAACAAACCGUAUAUAGGCGCCAUUGUGAAAUUGUGUGAAGGGCUUCCAUUGGCAGCAAUUAUGUCAGGAAUGUUGUUGUCAGAGGAUGAAGGAUUGUUAACACCAGGAGAUUUAGUUGAAUUUCUUAUAUGUAUGCGGCUGACUGGUCUCAGCCCGGAUAGUUACCCUCCGGAAGAUAGACUAGAUAUUUAUAAACGUUCGAUGGAAGAAGUGAAAGGUGUGGCAUCAUUCUUCAAUUCUUUGAAUGAGGGACUCGACGGCACAACAUUUAGUGAAGAAACGGCGGUUUCUGUGGCAAUUAAUUCUCAAGAAGGAAUUGAUAAAAGGGGAGACGCAAUAGUUAAGGUAUUGCAGGGGAAUGGUUUGAACAGGUCAAUACUAUCUAUAGAGAAGCUUUCGGGACAUAACCAGUUUACUUGGCAUGGCAUAUUGCGAGAAUGUCAAGCUGCCCUGCAAACUUUAAACACUUUACCUUCAGAUGAGUCAGUAUCAAAAGCGAAAGAAAUGGUUCUCAAGUUUAUGAAAGAAAACGUUAUCAAGGCUGGUCUAGAUUUUGGUGAUGACAUACUGCGGGAUCCAAGGUCUCUAGAGCAGGCCAUCAAAAGUCUCUCUAUCCACAAACAAGAGCAAACACAAGACAAGGAGAAACGGCUGUCUCUCUCAGACGAACAUAAUGUGGCUAUUAAGGAGCUUGUGGACGACCUUAAAAGUACAGUGAUGAAAGACGUUAAAGACAAAGAAUGUCAUGAAGAUUUAGAAACAAAUCCAGACAUGGAUUCUAAAUGUUCAAAGAAAUUAGAAUCUCGAUAUUCCAUUGACGAGGAUAAUAAGUUAGACUUAGAACUGAUACCCGUUUCUGACAGUAAUGAACAAAUUGCAGACGAUCCUCCUCCCUAUACAACUCUUCCAAUGGAAACAUCUGAAGCAUCAAGUUUCAAUGACGAUAAUAUAAUGAAUAAAUACUCAUUUGAGCCUAUUGAUACUCCACCUCCGAGCUAUCAUUCGUCUACCGAAGAUAUCCCAAAUAACGACAUGCACCAGCAUGAUGAUAAUCGAAAUAAUCAGUUCCACAUACCACAUAUUCGUACUGCCACAAUGCGAUCACAUUCUUUGUCACAAUCUCACAAUGUAAUUAAAGAUCUCCAACUUAAACAACGUGAAAGAGAGGAUACACAGCAAGUUACAGAUAUCCGGCAAUUAAGUUAUGGUGUACGUCGCACCAAGUCAGAUCCUACUAGUGAUCGUACUAGGAAAGAGAUUGGCAUAUCAGUGACAGGUCCUCCAGAUUGGAAAUAUAGUCCACCAAAAGUUGACAAUAAUCCGCUGUUUAACUAACAUAAUACUAAAACUGGACUAUUUGGCAGUCAUACUUCAGAGGUAACAUCAACAAAUGCGGAUGAGCAGAUAAAAUAUCUCAAAGAACAUCAAGAACUUACAACGCCAGAUGAAGUAAGUGCUGGGAUUUAUGGCGAUUCAACUGUAGGACCAGUGGCUAUAUCUUAUAGGGUCAACACUGUAAAUGAUCACAAAUUUGAUCAGGGACAUCGUCAAGAUGAAAAUGCAUCUUUAGCUGAAACAUUUGAUGAGCAUGAUCAAAUGUCUGUUGAUGGUGACAUUUCACAGAAUGUAAGUCAUGAAAAUGAAAACAGACUGUUUGUAGGUCAAAGCAAGACUGUAACACAAAGACUUUCUCCUACAGCAAUAGUUAAACCUAUGCCUAGAAGAAAUUCUCCUCCAAACAUCAGUAAACAAACCCAGUCUGAUAGACCAGUUCAGAGCGUGCCACCAUUCAGAUGAAUAUGCAGGGAUCCAUGUACAUCAAUUGUCAAUUUGCUGUGAAAAUUGAUAACCAUUGACUUAAAAUCGUAUACUUAAAAACAUCCCUCUUUCUGUGUUUCUAUAUUAUUAUUAACUGCCAUACUUUGUGUGUUAUUUUUAUACUUUGAAUACAAUAUUUUAAUAGAGUAACAUGUACAUGUACAAGUAUUGUCAGUAUUAUGUAAGUUUUGACGAAACAAGUCAUCUUUUGGUUUCAGUAGUGCGUCAGGUAGAAAAAAUGUAAUCAAGGAUAUAUACGCAUGAUUAAAGGGUGUGUCUUUCUGGUCUUUCCUGAGUAAUCAAUUAGUAUAGGAAGUAAGCUCAUUUUAUACAAAAAAUGUAAAUUGCCUGGAAGUCGAGUGAUCACAGUGAGUUUGAGAUGCGGAAAUGUUAUCAUGUAAACUCUUUAAAAUAUGUUGUUAUAUGUUAUGCUGUAAAGUUAAUGAAAUUAAAAAUUCAAACAACGCACUUUUACAGUAUAUUCCGAUAUUUUAAAAAUUGCCAUCAUGUGUCAUUUUAGCCAACACAUUUGUUAAAU